AUGUUAUUCCUCUUCUACUACCCCACCGAAACGAGCAAAACGCUUGGCGAGGCGUGGUGGAAGAGAGUUCAUGAACGACAGCUCCCCGACGAGCCACGAAAGGACUACUUACUUGGUGCUGGAGUACGGAACCAGUUGGCUGCUAUUUUCACUUUCACGGUGAAUGAAAGUAAUUUCGAUCGUUUGAAGGAUAUCACAGCGCCGACCUUGGUCACGAAUGGGCAUACGGAUGUUAUGUCUCCUACGGUGAACAGUUAUGUGCUUUAUCAGAAUAUUCCGAAUGCGAGUCUUGUGCUGUUCCCUGAUUCGGGACAUGGGCAUCUAUUUCAGGAGCCGGAGUUGUAUGCGCAACAUUUGGAGAUUUUCUUGAGGAGGUGAUGAGAGGUGUUGAUAGGAUAAGACGGGCUUAGAGGGCGUAGAGACGAGGCUCGGUCAAGUGUGCAAAGGGCGUAGGAGUGUAGUACCAAC